AUGCUGUACUUGCUCGACUACGGCGCAGGCAAUGUGCGCAGUCUCGCAAACUCGAUCACUAAACUUGGCUUCGAAUUCAAAUGGGUCCAAUCACCUCAAGACCUCAAGAAGGCCGACAAGCUUCUCUUUCCUGGUGUCGGAGCUUUCGGUCCUGCCAUGCAGUCCAUUCGUGACAAGGGAUAUGCUGAGCCACUGAAGGAGUACAUUGCAUCGGGCAAGCCUUACAUGGGCAUCUGCAUCGGUCUUCAGACUUUGUUUGAAGGGUCCGACGAGGCUCCUGGUGUGCCAGGUCUAGGUGUCGUACCCGGUAUUGUAGGGUGCUUCUCACCAUACGAGAAGGAUGGCAAGGUCAAAAAGUCAGUGCCUCAGAUGGGCUGGAAUACGGCACAGGUCGUCAAGGCGCGCAACGACGGCGGUGAUCAGGAUGCAGUCAAAUAUGGUUUCCCUGACCCUUCCUCAGGUGACAAGAGUCACUACUACUUCGUCCACUCCUACCGCGCAGCAUACCAACCCGACAAGCACGCUGACUGGGUCCUUACCACCACUCAGUACGGCUCCGAAGUCUUCCUUUCCUCCAUCCAGAAGGGAAACGUCUUUGCUACUCAGUUCCAUCCAGAGAAGAGUGGUCGUGCAGGUCUUGAGCUCCUCCGUGCAUGGCUCAACCAGCCCGGCACCAUCGACCCGAGCAAAGAGCGCCUUCUGCUUGACCCCCAACAAGUUGCUCUUCCUAGCCCACAAGACGGUCUCACCAAGCGUAUCGUAGCCUGCCUCGAUGUCCGAAGCAACGACGACGGUGAUCUCGUAGUCACCAAGGGCGAAUCCUACGACGUGCGCGAGAAGGCAGACGAGCCUUCUUCUUCCACCACUGAUACCGCUAAAGCAUCAUCAUCAACAAACUCACCCAAACGCAAAGUCCGCAAUCUUGGCAAACCAGUCGACCUUGCCCUCCGAUACUAUCUCGAAGGAGCUGACGAGGUCACCUUCCUCAACAUCACCUCUUUCCGCUCAUGCGCGUUGCAAGAUCAACCCAUGUUGAGCCUUCUUGAGGCCGCAGCAGCCAAGAUUUUCGUUCCACUCACCAUUGGUGGCGGUAUCAAGGACUCUGUUGACCCAGACGGUACUCCGAGACCAGCCAAGGAGGUCGCAAAUGCAUACUUCCGCGCUGGUGCAGACAAAGUCUCUAUCGGCUCUGAAGCAGUCUUUGCCGUGGAAGAGCUCUAUGCACGGGCUGCACAGAACGGCCAGGCGAACGAGACCAACCCCCUCAAGUUCAGUGAUGCCUGCCUUACAGGUAAGACAGGUAUCGAAACAAUCAGCAAAGGCUACGGUGCUCAGGCAGUCGUAGUCUCCAUCGACCCGCGUCGGGUCUACCUUUCUCCAAUCGAAGAAGUCGACCCAGCUCACGCACCCUGCGUUGUCUCCGGACCCGCUGGCUCUGAAGACGAGGGCAAGAAAUGGUGGUACAGAUGCACCGUCAAAGGUGGUCGUGAGGACCGUGACGUCGACGUGAUCCAACUCGCUCGCGGUGUGCAGCGAUUAGGCGCAGGUGAAGUGCUCUUGAACUCAAUCGAUCGUGAUGGUUCCAACAAAGGCUUUGAUAGGCAACUCAUCGAGCUCGUUCGCGGAAGCGUUGAUAUCCCUGUAAUCGCGAGCUCAGGCGCUGGUACUGCGCAGCACUUUGUCGAUGUCUUUACGAAUCUCGAAGCUGGUGGUAAGAGUGGCGAAGGAACAGUGGAGGCUGCGCUGGCUGCAGGAAUCUUCCACAGGAAAGAAUGUUCCAUCGACGAGGUCAAGGCAACAUUGUUGGAGAAGGGCUUCAAGGUCAGGAGAGAGGAUGUGGCUGCUGGAGCUGGUGCUAUCUCGAAGCAGUGA